ACAGGCUGGAGGAGAAGCUGCUUUUCUAGGCGUCGCCGUGGCAACGCGCGCGGUCGUUUCCGGGAGCCUUGGCGGAGGUGGGCGGAGCUAGGGCGUCGGUGCAGAUUUCUUGACCUACAGAAUGCUUCGAUAUCCAUAUUUUUGCAGAACGUAUAAUAGACUGUUUUCAUACUUUGUGGAUUCUGGUGCAUUUAAUUUGGAUGUCUGUCCCCACACAAUCCACACUACAGCAGCAAUGCAUACUGAAUAUAAAGCCUCGGAAGGGAUAGCUCUGUGUGGUACUCAGAAGGUAUAUAGAUCUGAAGAGACGGAUUCUGAAGCCGUGGCUAAAUUACAUAUCCCAGUAAUGGUGGAGGAAGUUGUUCAGUGCUUGACACCACAAAAGGGACAGGUUUUUCUAGAUAUGACGUUUGGCUCAGGAGGACACACCAAAGCCAUUCUUCAGAAGGAACCAGAUGUUACUGUCUAUGCCUUAGACCGCGACCCCGUGGCUUACACUCUGGCUGAGCGGCUUUCAGAAAUGUACCCGACACAGAUCCAUGCAAUGCUGGGCCAGUUCAGCCAGGCAGAGACUUUGCUAAUGAAAGCUGGAGUGCAGCCAGGGACUGUUGAUGGUGUCCUUUUAGAUCUGGGGUGUUCAUCCAUGCAACUGGAUGCUCCUGAACGAGGUUUCUCCCUUCGGAAAGAUGGCCCCUUGGACAUGAGGAUGGAUGGAGACAGGUACCCUGACAUGCCCACUGCUGCCGAUGUUGUGAAUGCUUUAGAUCAACAAGCACUUGCGUCCAUCCUAAGAGCAUAUGGAGAGGAGAAACAUGCCAAAAAAAUUGCUUCUGCGAUCAUUCAAGCACGCAGCACAUACCCUAUCUCUAGAACCCAGCAACUUGCCAGCAUUGUUGCAGGUGCCUUUCCUCCCUCUGCUGUCUAUGCAAGAAAAGACUUGCUACAAAGAUCCACCCACAUUGCUACUAAGACUUUCCAAGCUCUUCGCAUCUUUGUGAACAAUGAGCUCAAUGAACUCUACACAGGACUGAGGACAGCACAGAAGUUUCUGAAACCUGGCGGUCGCCUGGUUGCCCUCUCCUUCCAUUCCUUAGAAGAUCGUAUUGUCAAACGCUUUUUACUUGGGAUAAGCAUGACGGAAAGAUUUAACCUAAGCAUUAGACAGAAGGUGAGGCAAACUUCACAGAUGGAUUCAGAUCAUGAGAUUGAGGAGAGAAGCUGUGUCAGAGCUCCUCUGAAGUGGGAGCUGAUACACAAGAAGGUACUUACUCCAGAAGAUCAAGAUGUCCAAGCUAACCCCAGAGGGCGCUCAGCCAAGCUCAGAGCAGCCAUCAAAUUAUGACAAUCUUAUUAUUUGAUCCACAAGUUUUUAUUCAAUAUUUCUAUUUUUUUACCUUAAAACUGUGUUUCUGAAUAUAGUGUAAAGUAUGGGGCAGUCUGGACAUUAAUGGUAUUUAGCUUUUUUUUUUUUUCACCCUCUGAAGAAAAUGUAGGAAGUUUUAUGAUGACAUAAACAUUUUAGCUCAGGGAGCAGAGUCUUAAGAAUGGAAAACUAUGUUGAUGUUGAUUUAUGCAUUUUAUUUUUAUUAUAAAAUGCAAUCCUUUCUUUCAUGAAGAAAUGGAAAAACUAUGCUGUUUACUAAUCUGAAUCUGUAAACUCAAGGUGCCAAGAAUAACCAUAUCUGUAUGCCCCAAAUUCAAAAUUGAGAGAUUCACAUUUGCAGUGGACUUUCUAUGGCUUAUAUAAUUCAUGAUGAUCAUGGAAUAAAUUAUAAUUUCCCCCACCAUAGCUUUCUCAAAUGUAAGAUUUUUUACAAAUUUUACAUUUUCAGCAUUAUUUAAAAUAUGCCAGGCUGAUGGUCUUCAGUAGUGAAGUCAUAGUUCACAUGAAGGCAGUUUUCAAUAUGAUCCAUAUUCCCUACGUUGCAGAGUAAGCAUGUAGAACUGCCCCAAAAGCCCUAUAGAAAUUGGGCAGAACUUCUUUUGCCCUCAGUUGUGUCUAUUGAGUAUUGGUCGAUACCUUUAGCAAACAAUGUAAUCACUUGUUUCUUCUUGUGUUUUUUGUUUCCUUAACGAAUUUUAAAUAUUAUGCAAUCUGGAAAGUUUCACUAUGACAUUUUCUCGAAAAUAAAGCAUGAUAUUUGUUCUUAUCCUCCCUACUACUCUUCCGUCUUCCCUAAUUCCUUCCUCCUUCAUUGGUCUCUCGCUUCUCUAAAAUAGUCUCUUAUUCUGCUUCACGGCACAAGUAUUUACCACCGUCCAGAUAUCUUCCUUCCUCCUUAUCCCUCUUUUUACUUGUGUGUACAUAUGAUAUCCAUGUAUGUAUUUCAGAUAUAUACACACAUGUAACUUUAAAUCUAGUUUCUUUUGCAUAUGAGAAGAAGCAUGCAGUAUUUGUCCUUCUGAGUCUGACUUUUUUGCUUGACAUUUUCAGUUUCAUCAUUUUAUUAAAAAUAAUCAAGAAUAAAAUUAUCUUAUAUUUUAUGACUGAA